GUAUACACACAUGGCACCUGUUUCGCUGCCUCCAGGUUUCAGGUUCCACCCUACAGAUGAAGAGCUGGUUGCUUAUUAUCUCAAAAGAAAGAUCAACGGGCACAAGAUUGAGUUAGAGAUCAUCCCCGAAGUUGAUCUUUACAAGUGUGAACCCUGGGACUUGCCUGGAAAAUCGUUAUUGCCGGGAAAAGAUUUGGAGUGGUAUUUCUUCAGUCCUCGUGAUAGGAAGUACCCAAAUGGCUCAAGAACAAAUCGAGCCACCAAAUCGGGAUAUUGGAAAGCCACAGGGAAAGAUAGGAAAGUGAAUUCUCAAUCUCGUUCGGUGGGUAUGAAGAAAACCCUAGUUUACUAUCGAGGUCGGGCCCCUCAUGGAUGUCGUACCAACUGGGUUAUGCAUGAGUAUCGACUUGACGAAAGAGAAUGUGAAGUUGCUUCUGGCGUUCAGGAUGCUUAUGCUCUAUGUCGUGUGUUCAAGAAGACUGCAGUUAUAACUACGAAAAUCGGAGAGCAUUAUGGGAAUCAGAUUAUGAAUACAAGUGAUCAGUCAUCCAGCAUUGAACUAUACUCUGAAGGAAAAUCAGGAGAAGAUUUCGAGAGCUCAGAUUAUUUGAUGCCUCUGGAUCAUAGCUCACCCCAUAUUGGAAAUAAUCCCCCUUCAGGACCAAGAGAUCAUGGGAAAUGGUCACAGACACAGUUCUUACCUGAAGAUCCAUUCUCUCUUCCAAAUUCUUCUUCAUUAUUUUCCAACUAUGGCUCCAUACCAUACCCUCCUUCGAAGGUGGAUAUUGCACUAGAAUGUGCCAGGAUGCAGCAUAGGUUUUCUCCGAUGGAGGACUUUCCUUCUGAACUGAAGAUGCAACCACAACAUGGUGGAACUAAAAAUGAAACUGAUGAAUUAUUACAGGAGAUUCUUUCAGUUGCUCAUGCCUCUCAGGAACUCAUAAACCAGCCUUCUAGCUAUUCUUCUCACGCAUGGGGUACUACUAGUACUGCAAACCAGCAUUAUGCUCCCUCUGAACAAGAUGAUUUCACUUUCAUGGUUGGCAGAGAUAGUUCUGCUAAUGAUUGUAACUACUAUAACAGUGCCUGCUGGGAAGAUCCAGUAAACACUAGGUCGAUAGAGAUUGGAGAUCUAGAUGAUGAUUUCAAAGCAGGGAGGCUCGUUGAGAAUUUAAGAUGGGUUGGCAUGUCAAGCAAGGAUUUGGAAAUUAAGGGCUAUAUGGAAGAUCAGAAAAUUGUUCCAAUUGAGGAUAUUUCAAGUUUCCGAGCAAACAGGGAGGGUAAUGAAGCGCUGCAAGAAUGUGGUAAUCAGCAAGAAAAUAGCAGCAAGGAACUCGAUGACACUGACAUAAACGACAUCUCAUUAGGGUUCAUCAACGAGGAUGACGCUAAUAAUGAGAACUUGAUAGAUGAAGAAGGCAAUUAUUCGAGUUCUCCAAGCUUUGAGGUGGUCGAAGAAGUCAAAGUCAGCCAUGGAAUGUUAAUGUCCACAAGACAAGUAGCUGACACAUUCUUUCACCAAAUUGUUCCUUCACAAACCCUCAAGGUUCACCUCAAUCCAGUGAUAAUGGCUAACAAUUAUCACUCAUCAGUGGAGAACAUAGAGACUACAGUUUCUUUAUUCAGAAACCUGAAGGCCUGUGUGAAGACAAUAACAAGUCCCAUCGUACUCAUAUUUUCGCUUUUGCUGAUGCACUGUAUCUAUUAUUCGGAUUCCGAUCAGGAUGUGAAGGAGAGAAGUUGGAGUGGUACAGCUAAUAAUUGUAAUAGCAGCUUGAAGAGAAUGAGAGAAUCUGAUGAAGAUGAUGAGAAAAUCAAGGGGGACAAUGAGAAGGAAGAAGUUUGGUUUGUGAGCAUCAAAAGUGGGGAAGGAUUCAGUGUGGUGUUGAAGAAGAUAGGCAUUUUUCUCACAGUUUCUUUUGCUCUUUGUACCAUGUGGGCUAACCUCAUCAUAGUUCAUUAACCCUUCAUCUCCUCUAGUUUAACUUCUUGCCCUUUUUUGUUUUCCGUUUGUCUCUAACCUCAAGAUUUGAUUCAACGGACAGCUCCAAUUGGGCUUGUCCCCAUUAAUUAAGCUAGCAGGGCAUCGA